UCAUAAACAGUGCAAAUAUCAAAUUUUCAUUGUUGUAAUAUUGACUUUUAAUAUGUCGGAGGAAUUAUAUCAUUGUAAUUUUAUAUAUAAUAAUAUUGAAAUUAAUGAAACUGAAGAUAAUCGGCUCGCUACAAAAUUCGUUCAGUAUUUAGACAGGAAAAUAAGUGGGUGGGGUUUAAAAUGUUAUCUUGCAGAAAGGGAUUGUUUAGCGGGUAGAAACGUGUUUGAUGAACUGUUUAGGAUAGUGUCAGAGACAGAGAAAUGCAUAGUAAUUAUAACCCCAGAGUUUAGGAGAAAUUACUGGGCUAAAUAUUGCAAACAAGCUGCGUUUAAGUAUUUGUUACAAGAGGAACACCAACACAAGAUGAUCCCGAUUACUCUUAAUAUCGAUGAUAUAGGAUCACUGAAGGAGUUGAAUGUUAAUGACCCAAUUCAUAUAAAAGGAUCGAAUGAAGGGGAAUGGGGAAAUGAUAUAAACGAAAUGCGCUGGCAAAAACUGAAAAAGACACUUGAAGAAAAAGUAUCACAUGUAGCUAAAGAACGAGGUGACAAUCGGCUUCGAACAGAGGGACAACAACUGCUGGUUACAGUACCAUCUUCAGCUACAAAUAUGUCAAACAUUCCGUUCUUUCCUACAGAGCAAAGAUCGAUUUCAGAUGAAGUAGGUUCAGGAGAAAUUUUACAUUAUCCUACAGAGGAAUCUGCUUAUCUAUCUGUCGAUGGUGUCACAACGUCUGUAAGCAUUCCUGACAACAGACACAGCGACAUGCCAUUACUACAUGAGAGUCAAGAAGCGAUUAAUCAACAAGACGACGUCGCACAGCAAUUACAAUCAUUGAAUUUAGAUACCGUAGAUGGACCACCACAUAUGAACAGAUUCGAGAUGAUAGAAGAUGUUGAUUUAAGUAUUGAUACUUCACCAGCUGAAACCGAGAAUCAGAGGCCGGAAACUAUUGGUGGAGAUGAAAGUCUAAACAUUUCUGUGAAUAUCGAAGUGAAAAAAGACAGUGCGUCAUUCCUUUAUGUUACACCUACUCAAGACGAGACGGAUUUGAAAAUACCUUUCGCUAAUGAAGAUACCCCUAGAUUACCCGAUCAACGUCGUUUGAACCUGAUUUCAACAAAGAAUUCUCCUGACUCCGGUUAUACAACACCAUUUGAAUCCAUCUCAAGGCCGAUAUGCCCCAACAUUGAAAAUCGGCCAGAUUUAAGUAUUGGUACUUCACCAGUUGAAACCGAGUAUCAUAGGCCGGAAACUAUUGGUGGAGAUGAAAGUCUAAACAUUUCUGAAGUGAAAAAAGACAGUGGGUCAUUCCUUGAUGUUACACCUGCUCAAGACGAGACAGAUUUGAAAAUACCUUUCGCUAAUGAAGAUACCCCUAGAUUACCCGAUCAACGUCGUUUGAACCAGAUUUCAACAAAGAAUUCUCCUGACUCCGGUCAUACAACACCAUCUGAAUCCAUAUCAAGGACUAUAUGCCUCAACAUAGAAAAUCGGCCAGAAAUCCAAACCGAUGAUAAAAGAUAAAACCCCAAGAUAACAGCUCAA